AUGGCCUUACCGGACAGCCUUUCACAUAAGCCUGAGGACGUUGACACCCGCUCGAUCAUUUCCAUGCGAGAAGUUGACCCAUCUCCGGUGGAGGAUGAGUUUCCAGAACUUGAGCGUGGCGAUUGUCCCUUCCCUUCACAAUCACGGUCCCAAGAGGAAAAGCGCCAAAAGACCAAUACAACGACGUUUUCUGGCCUGGGUCUCCGCGGACAUAGCUGGGAUUCAUGGUUGACUGCAAUUCAAAAGUACUCGACAUAUCCGCCUAGCUUGUUCCUCGCUCUGCAUUUUGCCAAUACCUCAAUCCUUCCUCUCGCCACCCGCUCUGUAAGCGCCAGCGAGAAUUAUCUGCUUCUGACUAGGCCCCUCUACCAAUCCCCGUCGCUCGAACAUAUUGUGUUGACGGUGCCGGUUCUGCUUCAUAUAAUCUCCGGCAUCGCUCUGCGUAAGAUCCGGGCCUCACGGCGGGCUCGGCUCUAUGGCGCAGAAACCCGAUCCCAGCAAUAUGCUGUUAUGUUCUGGCCACGGAUGAGCCUACAGGCUCGCCUGGGUUAUUCACUCAUCCCUUUACUAGGUGUACACGUCCUCGUCAACCGCAUCACUCCAGUUCUGGUCGACGGAGGAAGCUCGGGAGUGGGGCUUGGCUACGUAGCUCAUGGCAUUGCGCGGUCUCCAAUUUUCUUGAACAUAUAUUAUCUGGUUUUUGUCGCUGCUGGGGUGUGGCAUUUUGUUGGUGGGUGGGCUUCUUGGAUGGGCUGGAAAGUCACGACUGUGCGGAAGCAGCGCGAUUCACAACGAGGAUCUCUCGAAGGCUAUCUUGGCUAUAUUGAAAGCGAACAACGAGUUCGCAAGCAAAAGAGACUGUGGUGGACUGUCAAUACAAUUGCAGCGAUGGGAGCAUCUAUCUGGCUAGCUGGCGCACUGGGGGUCAUCGGGCGUGCCGGCCAGGGCCACGGGUGGGAAGCCAGUGGAUGGAACGACAUUUACAAUCGGGUCCCCAUUUUUGGGGCCUGGUACUUCCAAACCUCAAUACCUCCUCUUCUGUCAGUCUUUCUCUCGCGCUCAAGGGUGAAUGCGACAGCCCCUUUUAGGCGAUAUCAAUCUCACCAACCAUAUCCUAUUUUGCGCGCCAUGGAUACCUCGGAGCACUUGAUUCAAUACUCCGGUACGGACUAUAGAGCGGUGAAAGAAGGGGGGGCGUAUAUACUGAAUCCGCCUGCUCAGGACGCCGCUUCCAAGGCCACGAGAAAGGAUCUCAAAGCUGACGACGAAUCUCAAUCCGUGUUCUAUAAUCCUAUUCAGCAAUUCAACCGUGACCUCAGCGUUCUCGCAAUUCGAGCCUAUGGUGAGCAUCUUCUGGCUUCCAAAAAACAGAAAGCAGAAAUCCGAAGACAAAAAAAGGCAGAAAAUGGCGGAUCAAAGAGUAAGAAGCGCAAGCGAGAGGACGAAACCAACCAGGCAGAGGAUCAAAGUGAACAGGCAGUUGAGCCCACUUCUGCGGCAAGUGCUGAUGUACCUUCGGAACAAACUAUUACGCCAUCAUUUACCAUAUUAGAUGCUCUUUCUGCUACAGGUUUGCGUGCGCUGCGGUAUGCCAAGGAGAUUCCGUUUGCUUCCUAUGUCGUUGCAAACGAUCUUUCGGAAUCCGCUAUCCGAUCAAUGAAGACAAAUAUCGAAUACAACAAACUUGAAGAGCGUAUCCGACCUAACCUAGGGGAUGCGCGCGUCUACAUGUACAGUCUGUUGGGAUCAGAUACCAGCCAAAACCCGGUGCCUCAUUACGGUAAAUUUGAUGUCAUUGAUCUGGAUCCAUACGGAUCCGCUUCACCUUUCAUAGACGCCGCGGUCCAAGCAGUCAAAGAUGGAGGACUUCUAUGCGUGACUUGUACUGAUGCGGGAGUGUGGGCAUCGCACGGGUAUCCUGAGAAAGCCUUCGCCUUGUAUGGCGGCGUCCCGGUUAAAGGACCACAUUGCCAUGAAGGAGGACUACGUCUGAUCAUACAUGCACUUGCCAUGUCUGCCGCCAAGUAUGGACUUGCAAUUGAACCCUUACUAUCACUAUCGAUUGAUUUCUACGCGCGUGUCUUUGUCCGGGUCCAUCGUUCACCCGCCCAGGUCAAAUUUGUUUCUGGCAACAUGAUGACAGUGUUCAAUUGUGACGAGGGCUGCGGAGCAUGGUCCAUCCAGCCCCUAACACAAACAAAGCAGAAGCUUGAUAAGAAGGGAAAGCCUUUCCCUCAUUUCGGCUUUGCUCAAGGUCCGACUUCAGACUCUCGUUGCGAACAUUGCGGCUCAAAGAUGCAUGUAGGAGGCCCAAUGUGGUCCGGACCACUUCACAAUCCACAUUUCAUUCAAAAUAUCCUUACUAUGCUUCCUAAGCUUGAUCAAGGCGUUUAUCAAACUGUUGAUAGGAUUGAGGGUAUGCUUACUACCGCUCUCGAGGAGGAUUUGAAUCUCAACACCGCUGAUGGCAAUACAUCAUUGAAGCUCAACGAUGCACAAACGGUCAAUGUUGAUACUACUGCGAUUGUUCCUCGGGUUGAUCCCGCCCUGAGCGACAAUUUUCCGUUUUAUUUCAGUCUGAGUGCGAUAUCUAAGGUUCUUCGUACUGCUACCAUUUCCAUUGACGCGAUGCGAGGAGCUCUUCGACACUUAGGCUAUCGAGCAACUCGCACCCAUGCGAAACCAAAUACUAUCCGCACUGACGCCCCUUGGGAUGUGAUCUGGGAAAUCAUGCGAGAGUGGGUCAGACAGAAGUCUCCAAUUAAAGAGGGUGCUCUCAAACCCGGAAGCCCCGGUGCUGUGAUCAUGUCGAAGGGUCGUGAUGAUGUUCCUAAAAUUGACAACAACAAUCAGAAGGUGCUGGAACCAUUGAGGAGGGAGCUUCAGCUGGUAUUGAAGCAAGAAGGAAAUCUUACAGAUAUAGUGAGCAGGCUCGAAGCUGCCUUGGAACGGACAGGUGCCCAUCGAGCGCCGGGAACUAAGUCGGGGGCCCCUACCCAGAGCAAUGGCCAGUAUGACUCAGAAACAUCUACCCCUAGUCCUGGCUCCCUAGCCCGAGUCAAAUCUAUAACUAGACCUCAUCCCAGCACUUUGGAAGUGGUGUUCGACGAGGCACUGGGGAAGGAGGUAUCCAGGAAACGGCUUGUUCGAUAUCAGCUCAACCCUCGUGAAAAUUGGGGUCCUUUGAGUAGAGCGUCUGGCAGCGGGUAG